CUAAAGCUCUCAAACAAGCAGUUUCGCGUCCUCUACAAGUCGAGUGGCCCGUCGUGAAGGUUACUUACGUUUGCUUUGAGCGCUCGGGCUCAUCGGAUGGCAAAAAGGAACUGUAACUAAUCUAAACGUUAGAUAGCACGCAAGAGCUGCUUGACUUAGAUAGGAUGGCAGCAACGGCGAAGCGGAAAAUAGAUGAAGGGCCCGCUGACGGCGAGCCUGACACGUCCACGCAUGCACAUAUCAUUCCUCUAGGAGCUGGCUCAGAAGUGGGCCGCUCAUGUAUUAUCUUCAAGUACCAGGACAAGACUGUUAUGUUUGACUGUGGCAUCCAUCCCGCCUUCAAGGGAAUGGAUAGCCUGCCCCUGCUGGACGAAAUCGACAUUGACACGGUGGACGUGGCGCUCAUCACCCACUUCCACCUGGAUCACUGCGCCGCGGUCCCCUACCUGCUGCGAAAGACCCGCUUCAAGGGCCGCAUCUUCAUGACGCACCCCACCAAGGCCAUCUACUACUCGCUGCUGCGGGACCUGGCCAAGGGCUCCAAGCACAGCAGCGAGGAGGCUUUGUUCAAUGAGGACGACCUGGAGGCCAGCAUGCAGCGCAUCGAGGUGGUGGACUUCUACCAGACCAUCGAGGUGGCGGGAAUGCAGAUCACGCCGUACCGGGCCGGCCACGUGCUGGGUGCCGCCAUGUUCCUGGUGGAGGUGGCGGGCUGCAGGUGCCUCUACACAGGCGACUACAGCCGCCUGCCGGACAGGCACCUGCCCGCGGCAGACAUACCGCCCGUCAAGCCGCACAUAGUGAUUGUGGAGAGCACGUACGGCACCAGCCGGCACCUGCCCCGCCUGCAGCGCGAGCAGCUGCUGCUGGACACCAUCCGCAACACCAUCAACCGCGGCGGCCGAGUCAUCAUGCCCGUGGUGGCGCUGGGGCGCGCGCAGGAGCUGCUGCUGCUGCUGGACGAGUAUUGGGAGGCGCACAAGUCGGAGCUGAGCGGCAUACCCAUAUACCAGGCCAGCUCUAUGAUGAGCAAGGCACUUGGUGUGUACCAGACGUACGUGGAGUCACUCAACGACGACAUCAAGAGGGUCUUCCACGAGCGCAACCCCUUCAAGUUCCGGCAUGUGCAGACGCUCAAGAACCCCGCCCACUUCAUCUCCGACUACAGCGGCCCCUGCGUCAUCAUGGCCACGCCCUCGGGGCUGCAGAGUGGCGCCAGCCGGGACUUCUUUGAGGCCUGGUGCGAGGACAGCCGCAACACCUGCAUCAUCUGCGACUUCGCGGUGCAGGGCACUCUGGCCAAGGAGAUCCUGGGCGGCCCCAGCUCCAUCACCACCCGGGAGGGCCGCAGGGUCCCGCUGCGCAUCGCGGUGCACAACAUCUCCUUCUCCGCGCACGCUGACUACGACCAGACGUCCGGCUUCCUGGACGCGGUCCGGCCGCCGCACGUGGUGCUGGUGCACGGCGAGUACGGCGAGAUGCGCAAGCUGGCCAAGGCGCUCAAGGACGGCGCCAAGGCGGCGGGGGUGGCGCGCGAGGUGUACACACCCAUACUGGCACAGACCGUGGCGGUGGAGCACAAGCCCGACCGCAGCGUGCGGCUGCAGGGCCGCCUGGGCGAGAAGCCGCCGCGUGAGGGCGCGGCCGUGCGCGGCGUGCUUGUGCGGCAGGGCGGCGGCUUCGCCACGCAGCUGCUGGCGCCCUCCGACCUGCCGCGAUACACCAAGCUGCUCAAGGGCAGUGUCACGCAGCGCCAGGCCAUCAGCGUGGACGUGCCGUUCACCGCCAUCCGGUUGGCGCUGGAGGUGAUGUUUGAGGGCGUGGAGGGAGCCGGCACGCUGCCCGUGGCCACGGCACCGGACGCGGAGGGCGGCAAGGGUGGCGAGAGCCUGGCGGUGGUGGUGGGCGAGCUGGUGACGGUGCGCUACGUGCCGGCGGACGACGCGAGCGGCGUGGUGUCGCACGUGGUGUUGGAGUGGGAGGGAGGCCGGCAGGGCGACAUGGUGGCGGACGCGGUGGUGGCUGUAGUGCUGCAGUCCAUUGGCGAGCCGCCCGAGGCCACCAGCGCCGAAUCCGCCAUGCUGGCGGCGCGCGCCGCCGGCGACGAGGCCGCAGCCGCAGCCGCCGAGCUCCACCUGAUUGGCGCGCUGCUGCGCGGCCAGUUCGGGCCGGCGGCGGUGGACGAGGCGGGCGGCCUGGUGCGGCUGGACGUGGACGGCGUGGAGGCCGCUGUGGACUACCGGGCGGGCAAGGUGGUGUGCGGCGAGCCGGGGCUGCGGGCGCGCAUCGAGAAGAGCCUGGACCGGCUGGCGGCGGCGAUACGGCCCGCGCCGCUGGACCGGCCGCAUGACUAGGAAGACAAGGGCGUAGCGGGGCUGUGGGGUUAUUGCUGGAGGAGUAAGAUUAUGUGGUCGGAGUACAUGGUGUCGAUUGUCAAGCGAGCGUUCAGGUGGGAUAGAAUGCGCUUGGUUGGCGGCGGGUCCUACGCUCCUUGGCGGGAUCUGUACUUCUGCUUUCUGACCGACUCCGUGUCUGCAGGAUGGAUAGGGGUAGUGCUGCGCGCCGAACUGAAGUAUAUGUGGGAGUCCAGUAAGCAGUUAGGCGGCGACACAGUCUCAGACCGCACCGGCAAGUAAUGCCCACCACCGCCGGCACCGCGCAUAACCGCAUAUGAAUGCAGGAGCAGACCGACACAGACAAUGCC